AUGGCAGUUCAGCCUGGCCUUCCCUCUACCCAAACGGCGAUCAUUCAACAUGAAGGAGGUGUUCUUCAAAUCACCCCGGGUUUGCCUCUUGCAGAACUUGAACCUCAUCAAAUGCUCAUGAAAACGGCUUCUGUUGCGUUGAAUCCUUGCGAUUUCAAGAUGCCGUUGAGGUUCCCUACUCCAGGCCUGUGGGAUGGCUGUGACUAUGCCGGUACAGUGGUUGCUCUUGGUGCUGAGGCAGCUGCCAAAGGACGAUUCAAGCUCGGUGAUCCAGCUUUUGGAGCGGUUCAGGGAUCGAAUCUGUCGGACCCAUUAUCUGGAGCCUAUUGCGAGUAUAUUCGCACUGAUCCUGAUCUUGCUUUCCAUGUUCCGAAAGGCUUGACGCUUGAGAAUGCGCCGUCGAUUUCGGGUACGGCAAUUGCAACUCUCGGUGUUGCUCUUUUUUGGUCUCUCCAGAUCCCUGGAACGUUGGAUACUCCAGCGACAAAGACGGAGGAUGUUCUCGUAUAUGGUGGAAGCAGUACUCUUGGUCUACUUGCAAUCCAAAUGGUGAAAUUGUGUGGACACCGAGUCAUUACUACCUGCUCUCCUCGCAACUUUGAUCUGGUCAAGUCCUACGGAGCAGAUCUAGUCUUUGACUAUAGCUCUGCAACUUGUGCGGAGGAUAUUCGAGCAGCGACCAAGAGUACCCUACGCUAUGUCCUCGACCCCUUUGCAGAAGCAAAGACUCUGCGACUGUGUCAUGCAGCCAUCGGUCGCACAGGCGGCCGGUACUGUGCCCUGGAACAGUAUCAAGAGAGUCUCUGCGCACGAAAGACAAUCAAACAUGAGCUCGUCAUGGGAGGCGCUAUCUCGGGCCAGGGCGUGGAACUGCCAGACCCGUAUGGCAUCCCCUCGAGACCCGAAAUUGGAGUUUGGGCUCGGUCCUGGUAUCAAACCAUUCAGAGUCUCAUUAAUCAGGGCAAAAUCAAACCUUGCCCAUUUGAAAUUAUUCCUGGUGGAUUUGAUGGGAUUCUGAAGGGAUUGGAUAUGCUUCGGAAUGGAAAGGUUUCGGGAAAGAAACUUGUUGUGCCAAUGAUGCAGGGGAAGUAA